UCGGUUCGGUUUUCUCUGUCCUUGUGUGUGUGUGUGUGUGUGUGUGUGUGUGUGUGUGUGUGUGUGUGAGAGAGAGAGAGAGAGAGAGAGAGAGAGAGAGAGAGAGAGAGAGAGNGUGUGUGUGUGUGUGUGUGUGUGAGAGAGAGAGAGAGAGAGAGAGAGAGAGAGAGAGAGAGAGAGAGAGAGAGAGAGAGAGAGAGAGAGAUGGCGAGAAGGGGUUUGACGAUGGAGGGUGCAAGGGGGUUGUGGUCGAAUAGGAUUGCAGAGUCGGAUCUGAGGCCCGGGGACCACAUCUACUCGUGGAGGAACGGUUAUAUGUAUGCUCAUCAUGGGAUAUACGAGGGGAAGCAGCAAGUGAUCCACUUCACGGACGGUUCUGAGGAGGUUGCGAUGCGCAGCGUCUGGCUGUUUCUGCGCGGAAUGUCGUCCCUACCCCCUGUGGCGGAACACUGCCCCUGCGCGUCUUGCAGCGCGGCGUUCAAGUCUCGAGUCCACAGCGGCAACGGCGUCAUCCGGUCUUGUUUGACUUGUUUCUUGGCCGGUGGCAAUCUCUACCGCUUCCAGUACUCCGUCAACGCGUUGACUUUCUUGGGCAAGCUGCGAGGCGGCACCUGCACCAUGGCCACAGACGACCCACCAUCGCUGACCCUUCAUCGAUCUCGCUAUCUUCUCGAUCACGGCUUCGGCGACUACGACGUGUUCUGCAACAACUGUGAGGAUUUCGCAAUCUAUUGCAAGACAGGCUUGUUGAUGACGAAGGCGGACGUGGGGAGGAGCAAUCAAGCGGCGUCGGCGGGGCUCGUUCCCGCGUCUUUCCUCUUGGCAGUACCGGGGAGAAUUUUGACAGCCAGUCCGCUGGGAUCGGCGGCGGUGGCAGUCGGGAUGUACUUUUGGGGGCGCUACGCUGUUGAUGUCGGUGUGCGGCAGGACGUGAUAAGAGUGGAAGUGGAGGAGUUUGUGGAGCAUCUGCGCGCGGGGAGGGGGAGGGGGAGGGAGAGGGGGGAAAGCGGGAGCGCAUCAUGUGGUGGUGAUCGGAUAACAACUGCUUCUGUUGCUGCGAUUGAAGCGGCGGCGACGGCGACGGCGGCGGCGGUGGAACCGGGGUCGGUGGCGGCGGCCGUAGCUAACGAUAUUGCCGCCGCUGCCGCCGCCGCUGCCGCCGCCGCCGGUGGUGACGAUGAUGGUGAUGGUGAUCAUGGUGAUGGUACUCGACGAUCGGAUGGGUUAGCGGCCGCCGACUACUUGCGCGCGGGAAGGAGAAUGACGGAGUACUUGAUUGGGUAUCUGGAGCGAAGAAGAAGAAACUCCAGUACGUUUCAAAUGGAGGGGGGAGGGAGAGUGGAGGGGAUGCUGGAGGGAGCGGGGGUAGAAGUGAGAGAGCUGGAGGGGGCGAUGGCGAGGCUUAUCGAUGUUGAGAAUCUGGCGGCGGCGGAGUCGAAGCACGCGGAGGGAGAAGCGGAGGAGGAUGGGCAGGCGGAGGCGGAAGGGGACGCCAGGGGGAAAACGAAGCCUGCGGACUCGGUCAUGCGCGAUGACGGAGUUACCGUGAAGUUCGUCAAGUCGAAAUGACGGCAAGGAAAAAAAGAAAAAGAAAAAGAAAAAGAAAAAACGAUGUGGGGAGGUCAUCUAAUCUGGAGUUUGCCUUGACGCAUUGACGGAGAUUUUAGUGACGUUAUCGACAUUACUGUGGGUUGAGGGCUCUGCUUGAAGGAACAACAUAGGCGAUCGAUUGCGAAGAAGUGCAGCCAUGGCCGCAAAGUGAUUGGAUUGGAGACGUUGGACAAUAAUUACUGCAUCGUAUUGCCGACUGAGCUCAUCUGAUUGAACGAGAAGUGGAAAUCAUGAUUAAGAGCGGUAAACAUUGCGCGCCGAGCGUCGGUCGAUCAAUCAACGCUGCUAAGGCUG